AUGUCAUCUCAGUUUACGAGGCUGAAGGAGGAGCUCGAUGCCAAGCAGCACGAGGUUCAAGAGCAGCAAGGCACGCUCGACUCAAUCGAAAAACUCACAAAGGAGCUCGAAGCCCAGAAGCAAGCACUCGAGACACAGGCGGCGGAGGUCAUCAAUCGCCAGAAAGAAGUCAGAAUCAUACAGAAACGCCUCGACGCGCUGGCUGCCGUCGAGUCCGCCAUCGACACCGCCAUCCAUACCAAGUCCAGCACCGUGGAUGCAGUCAAGCACGUCGUGGAGACAGCAAUACGAUCAGAUCAAAUGACAGCCAGCGAGGUCGUGCAUACAACACUCAGAACAGCCAUGCACGUCAACGGUCGUUCUCGCAGCGACAACCUCCAAGAUUUCUUCAUCGACCUGGUCGACGACGAGAAAUCCCUCGAGGUCGCUAUCGAAACGGCCAUGGACAACUUUGCGGACGUCAACGACGUGGUGGUGAGCACUCUGGCAGUCGCGUUGUCGAGAGGCUGGGCCAUUCCGGCUCUCCGGGCGAGUAUCCUCAGGGUAGUGAACGCAAUGCUGCCCCCAAAGACAGCCAAUGUUGGGUCCGGUAAGAAGAAAGACGCAGCACCGAAGGGCAACACGCCCUCUGCGCGUCAGUCUCAGACGCCUUCCGUCAACAAAAACGGUCUCAGGGGACAGGCAGCGAGUCUCAAUUUCCUCAGCGACCCUCAUCAAAUUUACGACUCUGGAGGCCGGCAGGCUCCGGCUCAGCCCGACUGGGGAGAUGGACCCAGGACCGAGGAUAAGAAGAAGCCUGAUUGGACGUGGGCUCUGAUCAGGGAGGAUCGCACUGCCGUUGCUCUCUCACACCUGUACGUGACCCUGCCAACCGACGGCUUGACCAAGCAGACUCCAGUGACGUACAUCAGCUACCUGACGAGCCGCGUGCCACAACGAUGGCUCACAAGCCUCGCUCUCUGCCAGCAGAGCAGGGGCGAGCACGUCUCGUCCAUCAACAGGAGCGUGCUGAACCUCGGUCCCCCGGGCCACCUGCAGACGUACUGGGGACCCCUUCUCGCCGUCGCAGGCAAGCUGGAACCGGUCACUCCAGCCGACGGCUACGGCAUGGCAGUCCGGACUGAAGACGUGGAGAUGGAAGAUUCCCUCGCCGCCUUCAAGAUCAACUGCCACGGCGACCGCCACCGCUUCCACCCAAACCAAAACUGCGAAAGCAACGCUGCCAUCUACGAGCAAGUCCGCGUGCCGAACAACGAGCCCCUCUCCCCGCCGAGGCAGAUACCCUCCAUCAUGGCCUUCCUGCUCGGCCUCCCCUGGCUCUGCCGCCUCGUCAGGUCCUCGAUGGACCUCUGGGACGGCCACAGCGACGAGCCCGACCACGGCCUCUUCAGGAACGACGAGCUCGGCGACCUGCACGCGAUCCUCUGCGAGCACGGCUCCGACCUGCUCGGCCUCCCCGCCCCGCGCGCCCUGCCCACGCAGCCGGCCAACAUCCAGCAGACCGCCACCCCGGGCACGCAGGUUCUGGUGCACGUCUUUGGCGAGCCCAUCCGCGCGGAGCAUGCCAAGAUGAAGUUCUGGGAGGACAAGAAGAGGAAGAACGACGUGCCCGGUGUGGAUCUGAGUGACGUGCCUUCUCCCUAUGCGUGGAUGGACAAGCCGCGCGAGGCGGACAAGUUCGUCAAGAACUUUGCCGAUUAUGAGAGCUUGCUUGAGGAGGCGGUGACCGUUCGCAUCAAAGGCCGCUUCGUCCCAGAGCCUCUGCCGCCCGCAGGCACUUUCAAAGGACAGACGGUCCUUAUCACCGGAGGAACAGCAGGUCUGGGUCUAGCAGCGGCGCUGCAUUUCGCCCAGCUCGGCGCCGACGUGAUCAUCACAUGCCGUGCGAAGAGUCGGGGCGAGGCCGCCAGGAAAAGCAUCCAGAAGACCGCACCAGAGGCCAAUGUACGCGUUAUGGAGCUCGACAUAGCGCGUUACGACUCUUGUGUCACCUUUAUCGCCGGGCUGAAGAAGAUUCGUGAAGGGGAGGGCGGGAUCGACAUUGCCGUGCUCAACGCGGGGAUGCUGACACCUCGUUUUGUUCGCAGCCCCGAAGGCUGGGAAAUGACACUCCAAGUCAACACACUGAGUACAACCCUCCUUGGAAUGCUGCUCCUGGACAUGAUGAAGUCCGAACGUGCAAGCCGAGCCUCACCGGCCCACAUCGUCUUUGUCACCUCACGAGAUCACCUGUAUUCGGACAUAACCCACUGGAAAGAAUGGUCAGAUAAUGAAGGGCUCUUGGCCCGUCUCAGUGACGAGAAGUACUGGCCCGCGGCAUGGAAGCUCGAGGAGCCCAACUACGCCAACAGCAAGCUCCUGGUCAUGUACGCAAUCGAGGAGAUCUCCGAGCGCGCCUUGGGACCGGACGGCGAGCCGCAGGUCAUUGUCAAUAGCGGGUGGUUCAUGAAAGCUCUGGUCUGGGUGUACCUGAGCAUCAGCGGGAAGCCCCCCGACUAUGGUGCCCGGCAUUAUGUCAAGGCCGCCCUUCGACCCAAAGAAAAACAUGGGCAAUUCUCGAUCGCAUGGCUAAGCCACGACCAAUACCUAAAGUAUGCUAUGGUCUCCUGCCCUUAG